AUGAGUGAUUUGCAUCCUAUUGCCCUCUGUAAUGUGGUUUAUAAGAUCAUGACUAAGAUGAUAGUUAACCGGCUUAAGUCCAUCUUGCCGUCUAUUGUCUCGGAAAGCCAAAGCGCUUUUAUUUCUGGGCGCAGCAUUCAGGACAAUAUAAUCUUAGCUUUUGAGGCUAUGCAUGGAUUUAAUAUGUUUCAUCGACAGAAAGAGUUAUCUGGGGCCCUUAAAAUGGACAUCAGUAAAGCCUAUGAUAGACUGGAAGCAAAUGUUCAAGAGGCGUUGGAGCUCAAGCGUAUUCUUCGCAUCUAUGAGAACACAUCUGGACAAUUGGUUAACUUUCAAAAAUCAUCUAUUUCUUUCAACAAGUAUACUCUUGUGGCUCUUCGAGAUUCUAUUUGUUCAGUGCUUCAGGUUGAGGAGAAGCCAGAUUUGGGUAAUUAUUUGGGACUCCCUUCUCAUGUUGGUAGUAACAAGAGGGAAGUGUUUAGUUUUGUUAAGGAUCAUUUGUGGAAGCGGCUGAAUUCAUGGAAGCAUCGUGCGCUGUCCCAAGCAGGUAAAGAGGUCCUCUUGAAAACGGUCCUCCAAGCUUUGCCAAACUAUGUUAUGAGUUUGUUUUUACUGCCUCGGACUUUUUGUGCUGAUUUGCAGCGUAUGAUGACCCGGUAUUGGUGGAGUAAGGGUGCUGAUCAAAAUCGUGGUAUUCACUGGCUGGGUUGGCAAAGAAUGGCGAAGCACAGACUGGACGGCGGGUUAGGGUUUAAAUCGCUCCAUGAGUUUAACUUAGCCAUGCUUGGUAAGCAGGGCUGGAACAUUAUUACCAGGCCUCAUUCUUUAGUGGCCCGCGUUCUUAAGGCUCGUUAUUUUCCGACAACAUCUUUUUUUGAAGCUUCUUUGGGUCACAAUCCUAGCUUUUUGUGGGUAGUAUAUGGGGGACUCAGAGUCUGGUUAAAGCUGGUGCUUAUUGGAGAAUUGGGAAUGGCAGAUCUUAUGAUCGGCCAUAGAUGGAAUGAGAGUUUAAUAGCUCAGUUGUUCAAUGACAGAGAUAGGAGUUGUAUUUUGAACAUCCCUCUAAGUCUUUCUUCGCGCCCAGAUGCGUGGUGCUGGAAGUUUGCGUCCAAAGGUCACUAUUCUGUCAAGAGUGCUUACAGAUUUCUGUCCAGGAGAGUUCUGAUUGAUUCGAUGUGUCCGUUGUGUCAUGAGGCUCCUGAGACUAUCUUGCAUAUUCUUGUUCAAUGUCCUUUUGCCCGCAGUUGCUGGUUGAGUUCGCCUUUGGGUUGGCCUGCAUUCUCCGCUGCCUCUCUUAGGGAGUGGUUCUCUUUAGCCUUCCUUACUGCUUCUGCGGAGAAUGCUUCCCUUAUUCUAAUGAUAUGUUGGGCUUUGUGGCAUAACAGAAAUAAUCAAUGGAGGGGGGCCUGUUCUGAUUCUACCAGCAGCACCAAUGUUGUGUCGGCUUUGACUGUCUGGUCUCCUCCACCGCAGGGUUGGAUUAAGCUUAAUAUUGACGCCUCUUUAAACUCGAAACGAAGUUCACUAGACUUCGGUUGUGUAGUUCGAGAUGCUAAUGGUAGAUUUAUGGUGGCUAAAGCAGGCUGUUUUUGCAGUCAGAUGGAGGUUAAGUGUGCUGAGACAAUGGCUUUUCGAGAGGCAUUGAGCUGGAUUAAAGAGUGUGGAUGGGAUCGAGUUCUUUUCGAAUCGGAUGCUCAGGUUCUUGUUGUAUCCAUUAACAAUGCUUCGUUAGAUGAUUUAUCACCUUUUGAUCUUUUGGUUCAAGAUUGUAAAUUGCUUCUAUCCAGUUAUGAAGAAGCAAGAUGUGGUUUUAUUCACAGGUCUGCGAAUUAUGUCGCUCAUGUUCUAGCAACAUCGGCUCAUUCUGAGUCAGAUCAAGGAGUUUGGGUUCAUGUCCCUCCUCCUCAUAUAGUUUCUUUGAUCGCUUUGAGUUAA